ACAAUCUACAAUUAUUAUUUUUCCUUCUUUCUUAAAUAAAACUAAGAAAUCAUCAAAAUCAAAUAAAAUAUACAUAUUUAACAAUUAAUGAAUAAUAAAGAUUUCAUAACAAUUAACUUUACACCAUUUGUGUCGAUAUUUAAAAAUGAUUAAUUUAGAUUUUUUAACAUAACUAUAAGUAUAACUAUAGUACUGAAAACUUUGUUUUUUAAUAUUGUGUAACAAACUACAUCUACCAAAACUAUUUAUUGUUAUAAAGUAGAGAAGAGAAUAGAGGAAUUAGUGUGUAUUAUUCCAGGAGUAAUGAAUCAUUUAUAUAAGAUUACAAUAGCUUGGAGAUAAAAUCUAACUUCAGAGAGGGAACAAGUAUAUUUAAGAUUUGCCAUAAUGACAUCAUUACAAUAUUUAUAACAUUUAUAACGAUGAAAAAUGGGUGAAAUCCAAUGUGGCGAGUAUUUUUCAAUCAUUAUCAUGUUUCUUUUUUCUUUGUUAUUCUUUUAGACAAAAUAAAAAUGUCUACCUAGAGAUUUUUUGUUAAUCGAAUAUGCCAUAGCAUUGUUUUCAGUUUCUAAGCAAUGACUAUCAGGCUCAUUAAAAGAAAACAUGGCACAUUCUUAUGAAUAUUUUGACUGACAAAAAUAUUACCAGAAUAUUCUAAGAAAAUUAUGAUGAAAUACCGAGAAAAUUCAAUAAUAGAAUAUCGUUGCUAUAUUAUCGGACAAAAUCCGACGAAACACUGACAAAGUAGACUUUGUUAGAUUUUUCUGAGCGAAUUCCAAGAAAAUACCAAAGAAUAUGAAUUUGUCAGACUUUUGUUGGAAAAUACUAUAAAAUUCUGACGAAUAUUAUCUGUUUGACAAUAUUUCUUAAAAUGAUUUAAUAUUCAAAAAUUUGGUUAUUCCAUCGGUAAAUUCAGAUGGAAUUGCACGAAAAACUUAUAUACUGAAAUUUCGUUUAGGGUUUCAUUUCCUCAGAACUCUGUCGGGUAUCUAAAAUCACAUAAAUACAUAUUAAGUAUCUAAUGUGAUUUUACAACUUAUAAAAUCUUCUACGGAUGUAUCAGCGGAUACAUAACAUCUCCCAUAAACAUUUAUAUACUUAAAGAACAUAUGUAGGUAAUCCAAAUUACAAUAUCGAUUUUUUUGAAAUUUAAUAUCAUAUAAAGUAUAAACAUUUAUAUACUUAACCAUGCAUAUAACUUUUUCUAAAUCAUCAAAUAUUUAUUAAAGUUUAUUAUAAGUUAAUCUUCUCAUGUUUUGAAAUCCCAAUCCUCUUUUCGUCGAAAUAUUCAUGUUUUGAAGCUGUUAGACUCAUCUCUGUUGACUCCAAGAACUUUCAUGUGUUUGCUGAUGUUUGAAUGUCUUUUAUCAUUUGUUUAAUGUUGUAACCUUUUAUAACAAAAAGAAAAAGAAAAAACAUAAUCCUUUUUUAUUGUUAACUUGUAGUCUCCUCUUUCAAACGCAAAAACAUGUCUGAACAAAAAAAUAAAAUCGCAAAAACAUGUAUGUAGACAUUUUCUAAGGCUUUGGUUAGAUCUCAUCUAUUAUUUGAUAUGAGCCCAUCAGUCAUAAUUGACUCCGGCUCAGUGUUAAUGUUUUGUUAACUUCAGUAAACAGUCAUUGUUGGGUCAAGCUUUAUUCUUAUUUAGGCCCCACAAUAUAAGAAAGCCCAUAUAUAGGCCCAAUAGAGUUAAUUUAUGAAUCCGCGUAUAUAUAAUGUUUGACCUGAUAACUGAAAGCUAGGGUUUUUCUCUGUAAUUCGCUCGCCGGCAUAAAAAGUGGAGGCAAGGAGGAGGAAGAAGACAUAGUAGCAUCAGGAUUGAAAAUGAAGGGACGCCAAGGAGAGAGAGUUAGAUUGUAUGUUAGAGGAACAGUCCUCGGCUACAAGAGGUCGAAGUCGAACCAAUACCCCAACACUUCUCUGAUCCAGAUUGAAGGUGUGAACACUACCGAGGAGGUGACGUGGUACAAGGGAAAGAGGAUGGCUUACAUCUACAAGGCGAAGACAAAGAAGAACGGUUCCCACUACCGUUGCAUCUGGGGCAAAGUCGCUAGGCCUCAUGGUAACAGCGGUGUUGUCCGUGCCAAGUUCACUUCAAACCUACCACCAAAGUCAAUGGGAGCUAGAGUCAGAGUGUUCAUGUACCCCAGCAACAUAUGAGGAGGGUAGAUUCAGGACCUGGGAUUCAUUUCACAAGUAUCAGAAGGAAGCUCCUAUCAUCAUUUCUCAGAAGCUAUAGUUUAUCUUUUUUAUUCUCAUUUUGUUUUAAACUCUCGGUCGGUUUUGUUCAUCUCUAGACGAAUUAAAACAUUAUUUUUGAUGGAAUUCGAGCAGAAAUAUAAUUAUCCUAAUAUGAGUUAUUUUUUGUUCUCUC